AUGGCCGACCUGGGCUGCAAAAAACCCAGCGACUGCACUGUCUCCAGGCUCCUCAGCGUAGUGGAGAGUGAACUUCGGGCUGGAAGAGACAAAGGCGACCCCACGGAGAAACAGCUCCAGGUUGUCUUGGAGGAUGCGACGCUAUGGCAGAGAUUCAGGGAAGUCACUAAUGAGAUGAUCGUGACCAAGAAUGGCAGGCGGAUGUUCCCUGUUUUGAAGAUCAGUGUGUCAGGCUUGGAUCCAAAUGCCAUGUAUUCCUUCCUGCUGGACUUUGCUCCGACUGAUGGCCACCGCUGGAAGUACGUCAAUGGAGAAUGGGUGCCAGCUGGGAAACCAGAGCCACCAAACCACAGCUGUGUCUACAUCCACCCAGACUCUCCCAACUUUGGGGCCCAUUGGAUGAAAGCUGCCAUUUCCUUCAGCAAAGUCAAACUUACCAACAAGCUCAAUGGGAGUGGGCAGAUAAUGUUGAACUCCCUGCACAAAUACGAGCCCCAGGUGCACAUAGUUCGUGUAGGAGGCCCCCACCGGAUGGUGAUGAACUGCUCCUUCCCUGAGACGCAAUUCAUAGCAGUGACUGCCUACCAGAAUGAAGAGAUAACAGCUCUCAAAAUCAAGUAUAAUCCCUUUGCCAAAGCCUUCCUGGAUGCGAAGGAAAGAAACCAUUCUAAAGACGCUCCAGAGACAGUCUCUGAAGGUCAACAUAUGACAUAUUCUCACUCUUUGCCUCUGCCCGCUCCACAGGCUCCCCACAGCUGCGAGAGAUAUUCAGCCCUGCGAGGCCAUCGAGCUGCUCCAUACCCACCCUCCUACAUGCAGAGGAAUCACUCCCCUUCAGUUAACUUAUUGGACAGCUCCAGCAAUAAUCUUCAGGUAUUCUCAGGACACGACAGCUGGACUUUGCCAUCCUCUCCACACACUAAUUUGCUCUCAGUGCCACACACAAAGGGAGGUGCCAGCCCUGGACCCAGCCACUACCCUUGCCUGUGGACAGUGAGCAACAGUGCUGUAAAUGCUGCCAACCCAGGAAGCGAGGUGAACAGCAACCCUUCAAGCAUGUUUUUAAGGGGUAAUAUCCCCUUACCUGCUGCGUCACCAGUGCAAAUCCCUCUGCAGGGUAUGGUGUCUGGCAGCAUGGAAGCACAAGGGGAAGGCACUCUCACCAGACUGACUGACUCUGCGUGGACAUCCUCACACUCCUUUUAA